CCCCAACCCACACACGAUGGCUGUCGAAUUCCGUGGAGAAAAAUCGACCGUAGCGCCUCUUUCGGCAAAUGUCCUCUUCUCUUAAGGUGCUAGUUCGACAUUCGAAACGUCGCACGAGGAAGGAUGCUUUUUGAGAAAGCUGUCGUAAAUUAUCGCUAGUUUGGGAAAUUUAAAGCGGAAAGACAUUCUGUUGUCAAAUUAAAAUGAAUUUGAGGCUGCAAAUCGAUCCAUUCCAGUGAUUGUGAUAUGAUGUGUCGUGAAAGUAAAUCAAAAUUUCGAUCCUUGGUGCAUGUAGUGAAAUUGGGGUUUCGCUGAGCGAAGAGAAAAUUUUGAUAUCGCCAACAAAAAAUGACAACCAGCAACGAUGUCGAGUGAAAUUUCACCCCAAGUGAGCAGUGAUAAGUGAAGCUCGUAGCAAAACAACAAAAACCAACCCUACCCUACACACCUAGACGAGCGCGGAGUGUCAGAAUCGAUGGUGUUUCAAAUGUCAACAGUGAAUCUGCCCUUCCGGGCCAUUCUGUCAUGCUUGUUGCUGGUGGCCCUGCUGGAUCUUUGCGGGGCCAAUCCGGAUGCCAAGCGACUUUACGAUGAUUUAUUGAGUAAUUACAACCGAUUGAUACGCCCGGUCAGUAACAACACUGAUACGGUGCUGGUCAAGCUCGGACUUCGGCUGUCGCAGCUCAUCGAUCUGAAUCUCAAGGAUCAGAUCCUGACGACAAAUAUUUGGCUCGAACACGAGUGGCAGGAUCAUAAAUUUAAAUGGGAUCCGGCAGAAUAUGGCGGUGUGACCGAGCUCUAUGUGCCGUCCGAACACAUCUGGCUGCCGGAUAUCGUCCUCUACAACAACGCUGAUGGCGAAUAUGUGGUCACAACGUUGACGAAGGCAAUUCUGCACUACACUGGCAAAGUGAUUUGGACCCCACCGGCCAUCUUCAAGUCAUCGUGCGAAAUCGACGUCCGAUACUUCCCAUUCGAUCAGCAAACCUGCUUCAUGAAGUUCGGAUCCUGGACGUACGAUGGAAAUCAGAUCGAUCUGAAGCAUAAAAAUCAACUCAACAAUUCCGACAACAUGGUGAAGAUUGGCAUCGACCUGCGAGAGUACUACCCUAGCGUGGAGUGGGACAUUCUGGGCGUGCCGGCGGAACGUCACGAGAAAUACUAUCCCUGCUGUGCCGAACCGUAUCCGGAUAUUUUCUUCAACAUCACAUUAAGACGGAAGACACUGUUCUACACAGUCAAUUUGAUAAUACCGUGUGUUGGCAUCUCCUACCUGUCGGUAUUAGUGUUCUACUUACCGGCUGAUUCGGGUGAAAAAAUUGCAUUAUGCAUCAGCAUUCUCCUAUCGCAGACCAUGUUCUUCUUGCUGAUAUCGGAAAUCAUCCCGUCGACCUCGUUGGCCCUCCCACUACUUGGAAAGUAUCUGCUGUUCACCAUGAUCCUGGUUGGGCUGAGCGUCGUUGUUACCAUUAUUAUCCUGAACAUCCACUACCGGAAGCCGAGCACUCACAAGAUGGCACCGUGGGUCCGGAAGUUCUUUAUACUGCGUCUGCCAAAAUUGCUGCUGAUGCGAGUGCCAAACGACCUGCUCAAGGAACUGGCAGCAAACAAGAUAAAUUACGGCAUAAAAAUCAGCAAAAGUAAAUUCGGCGCUGCCCUGGCUGCUCACUCACAGAUGCAACCCAACUCGGGUGGAUCCAGUCCGGAUUCAAUUCGGCAUAUGCAGGGCCGACCCGGGGGAUGUAAUGGACUGCACUCGACAACGGCUACAAAUAGAUUUAGCGGCCUGGUCGGAGCGCUCGGUGGCGGCCUGAGCAGUUUAGGCGGCUACAACGGCCUCCCAUCGGUAAUGUCUGGCCUAGACGAAUCGCUGAGCGAUGUGGCGCCAAGGAAGAAAUACCCAUUCGAGCUGGAAAAGGCCAUUCAUAACGUUAUGUUUAUACAGCAUCACAUGCAACGUCAGGACGAGUUUAAUGCGGAGGAUCAAGAUUGGGGAUUUGUGGCAAUGGUAUUGGAUCGUUUAUUUUUAUGGUUAUUUACAAUAGCGUCAUUAUUCGGCACAUUUGCAAUCCUAUGCGAAGCACCUUCGCUGUACGACGACACCAAACCGAUUGACAUUGAGUACUCCAUUAUCGCUCAGAAGCUAUUCAAUCUCACCGUCAAGGAUCCAAGGCUGCAGCAUCCGUAAAGUGCCCUCCCCAAACUGGUGAAAUACUCGAAAAAAGUAAACCACUCCCGCCUAAGGGCGUGAAUUUUUUCCUGCAGCCAAAUAGUGAGUACCUUCCCAAGUCAGUUAGAAAGCGAACGCGAGCUAUCCUAAACAAACAGUGAAGCCAGUCAACGUUAAGCUCAUAAAAAGAGAAAAAAAAUGGCACGGGGGAGUGAGAUUGUGUUAGCGUAGCGCGAAAUGCCGGGAGUUGUUGUAAACCGUAAAUGUAAUCGUAUAUUGAAUCGAGUAAGCAAUUUUUCACAAUGUUACUGAUAAAUGGCAGAUAAAUACAGCCAGCGAAAGCAUAACCACUCAAACACACACACGAACAAAUAAAAACAAACCAAACUCACGCAAAUACUCAAGUACUACCCCCAGAUAUCGAACACGAAUAAAUCCAUGGUUAUAGAAUAGGUAAAUCAAAGUGACUAUCAGCUCAAUCUAACUAACAGCAGAACACAAUUUUUACAGUUUUCAAAUAAAUUAAUCGGGUUUUCACUA